CCCUUCCCAACCCUCUCUUUCUCUCUUUUUCCACUUCAGCCAGAAUAAAGCUGAGGAGGAGUGAGCUGUAAGGACUUCAUUAGCUGAAGGAAAUGGACUAGCCCCCUCUCUGUUAAUGAUUUAUCUGCAUGGAGAGGCUCAGAAGCUGAUUUUGUUCAGUUAAAUCAUUGCGGUCCCUGGAUAAUUUAGAGAAAGGCCUCAACAGCAGUCUAUACUUCUAAAAAAAAAAGUUACACUUAAUUAAAAUCCCACUGCAGAGUUCAGGAGGAGGUAAGUCUGAUUCUGAUUCUUUGGCAUCUUUUUGAUGGUUAAACUGUAAAACUUUGAAUCUCAGUCUUCUUACUGUUUUAGUUAAGGCUGAAAAUUGGAACCAAUGAUAAAAUUAGUUUAAAAUACUUGGCUGAUUUUGUUAGUUUAUUUGAUACAGUAACAUUGUCUUUAAUACACUUUCCACCAAUUUGUUAGUAGUUUGAAUUAUUCUAAUGUAACUCUGUAUUUUCUGAUGAUAAAAAACAAUGUUGACUAAAGGAGGAUUACAUUUAUAUAAAUGUUUUUACACUGAUUUGUGGACGCUUGUGGAUAAAACUUUAAACAAUGUUUUCGUCAAAAAAAAAAAGAAAGAAAAUACAUAUAUCUUUGAGAAUAGAAAAAGGGAAAUGUAAAGAAUAGAAGACGGGGAAUGUAAAGCGGCUCUUGCAGUUGUUAGCUGCUCCAUUAUCACAGCUCUGCUCCAGCAUUUUUCCAGCAGUAAUAGUCAGAUGGGCUGAAGGCUUCUCUCCAUGGUGACUGGGUUCAGUGGCCACAGCAUGAGACUGAGCGCUUGCAGGAAGGGAGGUUAUUAGAGUGUGACUUCACUUUCAGCUCAUGCAAAUCCUGCUUCUAUCUCACUCUGGGUGUAUAUUUCAUGCUGUGUAACUCUUAAUGUUACAAAAGGUAUAACUUUUUUUUUUUUACCUCUACUUGAGCACAGAACUGCAAAAAAUAUGCCCCCCAAAAAAGGAAAAACUCUGAAAGUUCUUGUGUAACUGUGUGGUGCUUCUGGAGUGUGCUAUAAUAGCCUUAGGUCACGUUGGCCUCUAACACCAUUUUAACACCUCCUUGUGCUGUUUAUAUGGGAAAGUGAGCCUGGUGAUGGAAGCUUAUUUGAUGGUAUCACACAAUGUUACAUGUCCAUAACUUAUGCUGUGGUAUUUUUCUUAAAAGUGUCCUUUUGGAUGUGUGUAUAUCUCUUGGGGAAACAAAAUUAUAUGGGAUGUCUAAUAUGACAUUUCAAAAAGUUAUAUAAAAACAUUUAUUUUCAUUUUUUCUACAGUCCGAUGUUCUCAUCAGCGCAAACAUGACUGACUCAAAACAGCCCGAUUGGCAAAUUAAUGGGGAGAGAUCAUACUGAGAAGGAAGUUACUCUUGGAGGUUAAAAAACAUAGUCCAACCACAGUCCAACCAAAAUGAGGCUAAUACUACAUUAUUUGACACUACUGGGGUCCAGUUGUGUGAUUUCAACUUAUGGACCUCAUCAGAGAGCUCAGAUGACUGGAGAUAUCCUGCUUGGAGGUCUUUUCCCCAUACACUUCGGUGUUGCGUCCAAAGAUCAAGACCUCGCUGCCCGGCCUCAAUCCACUCAGUGUGUCAGGUAAAAUUGAAAUUAGUUUGUAUGUUGGGAAGACGGUGAACAAUUUAAGAUUUCACUGAACGAAUGAGCUCAACUUGUCCAAUUUGAAAUCUUGUCUGUUUCCCAGGUUCAACUUCCGUGGUUUCCGUUGGCUCCAGGCUAUGAUUUUUGCCAUCGAUGAGAUUAACAACAGCAGCACUUUCCUGCCAAACAUCACUCUGGGCUACAGGAUCUUUGACACAUGCAACACAGUGUCCAAAGCCCUGGAAGCUACACUAAGUUUUGUGGCCCAGAAUAAGAUUGAUUCCUUGAAUUUAGAUGAAUUCUGUAACUGCACUGAUCACAUUCCAGCAACCAUUGCAGUCGUAGGAGCAGCUGGAUCGGCGGUCUCCACUGCAGUUGCAAACCUACUGGGACUGUUUUACAUUCCUCAAGUGAGUAGCUGAACAUAUACCAGAUCAACAACCCCAACUCAGUCGUGACAAGAAGUCAUGGCAACUUUGUAUACUGAGUUAUAAACGCAAUUAAUUAAUGUGGAUAGUACCCUUUAUACAAAUACAAAAGAAUAUGACACAGUAUAACCUGACAUGAUAUGAUACAAUAGGAUAUAUGAGAUGCAAUACAAUAUUAAUAUUUACUGAUAUAAAAGUCUACCAUACAAAAACAUAUAAUGUGCGAUCAUGCUAAGUGUUAUGAUGUGUUCCAAUAUGGUAUAAUACAAUUAACAUAAAUUUCCAGACAGGAAAUUGGCCUUGGAUGCUAUAGCACAAAUUCAGCUAUCACAUGGCAGCUGUUAAAUAAAUAAAAAAGUUUAUGCCAGGGACAACCAAAAAUGACACAUUCUGAAAUAAGAUGGUGUGUUUUAUGUAAUAAUUAAAACUCAAAACAGAUAAUGAACAACAACACUGUGAUCUUACAAUCUUUAAUGUUUCAGAUCAGCUAUGCCUCCUCCAGUCGAUUGCUGAGCAACAAGAAUCAGUACAAGUCUUUCAUGAGAACCAUUCCCACCGACGAGUUCCAGGCCACAGCAAUGGCAGACAUCAUCGAGUACUUCCAGUGGAACUGGGUCAUUGCUGUGGCCUCAGACGAUGACUAUGGACGACCAGGGAUUGAAAAGUUUGAGAAGGAAAUGGAGGAGCGAGACAUCUGCAUUCACCUGAAUGAGCUUAUUUCUCAGUACUUUGAGGAACAUGAAAUCAAAGCUUUGGCUGACCGGAUUGAAAACUCUUCAGCCAAGGUCAUUGUAGUGUUUGCUGGUGGACCAGAUAUCGAACCUUUAAUCAAAGAGAUGGUCAAGAGAAAUAUAACAGAUCGCAUCUGGCUAGCCAGUGAAGCGUGGGCGAGCUCCUCUCUUAUUGCUAAACCUGAGUAUCUUGAUGUUGUAGCAGGAACCAUUGGCUUUGCUCUAAAGGCAGGGAACAUACCUGGCUUUAGAGAGUUCCUGCAACAAGUCCAACCCAAGAAAGACAGCCACAACGAGUUUGUCAGAGAGUUCUGGGAAGAAACAUUCAACUGUUAUCUGGAAGAUAGCCCCCGCUUGCAGGAAAGUGAAAAUGGCAGCACAAGUUUCAGGCCUUUGUGUACUGGUGAUGAAGACAUCACAAGUGUUGAGACCCCCUAUCUUGACCACACACAUCUUCGGAUUUCUUAUAAUGUGUAUGUUGCAGUUUAUUCCAUUGCACAGGCCCUGCAAGACAUACUUACCUGCACACCUGGGAAGGGACUUUUUGCCAACAAUUCUUGUGCAGAUAUAAAGAAAAUAGAAGCAUGGCAGGUAAAGUAUUGCACAUUCAUCCUGAAACAAAGUAUCUGAUCAUCCAUAACUUAGAUUUUUUUUUAAACGUCUGUUUUUUUUUUUGUCACAGGCCCUGAAGCAGCUCAGACAUUUAAACUACACCAACAGUAUGGGUGAAAAGGUCAACUUUGGCGAGAAUGCAGACCUGGGGGCAAACUACACACUUAUAAACUGGCACAGGUCUGCUGAGGAUGGCUCUGUGGUAUUUGAGGAGGUGGGAUACUACAACAUGCACACCAAAAGAGGUGCUAAACUGUUCAUUGACAAGACAAAGAUUCUGUGGAAUGGAUACAGCACCGAGGUCAGUCAAACUCUACCCACAAGAAACGUCCACUCAGAUCGGUUUUCUGAAUUAAUGGUAGCUGUGUGAAAAAGAAGCUAGAUAAUUUUAUUGUCCACUUGGGGGCAGCAGUUGUACCCAUAAUCUCAACAAUGUCAUACUGUUAUUGCCCCAUGUUUAUUGUCAUGAAGGGGAAAAAAUCACUCUAUACUUGUGUCUGCCUUGGUGUUGACUACCUUCAAAGAAAAGUGUUUGAUCAUUUCCAACCAUUAAUGCAAGUUGUGACAGUAACACACAAAGUUUGUCCAAUAAAUACAUGGUAUCUUUCUUGUCUAUUUCUAUAGGUGCCAUUCUCUAACUGCAGUGAGGACUGUGAACCUGGUACAAGGAAAGGGAUCAUUGACAGUAUGCCCACAUGCUGCUUUGAAUGCACUGAGUGCUCAGAUGGAGAGUACAGUAUUCAUAAAGGUAUCAAGACUCCAAACAUUUAUAGUUUCACAUUUACUGCUAUUACUGCUGCUCUAACCUCAAUUUAUCUUUUUUUAACUCAGAUGCCAGCGUUUGCAACAAGUGCCCAAAUAAUUCCUGGUCCAAUGGAAAUCACACAUUCUGCUUCCUGAAGGAAAUUGAAUUUCUCUCAUGGACAGAGCCAUUUGGGAUAGCUUUGGCAAUAUGCGCGGUAGUGGGUGUUGUCCUGACAGCCUUUGUGAUGGGAGUCUUUGUCAAAUUUCGCAACACCCCAAUAGUGAAGGCCACAAACCGAGAACUGUCCUAUGUGCUCCUGUUCUCUCUUAUUUGUUGCUUCUCCAGCUCGCUCAUCUUCAUCGGAGAGCCACAGGAUUGGACUUGUCGUUUACGCCAACCUGCUUUUGGUAUCAGUUUCGUCCUUUGUAUCUCCUGCAUCCUUGUGAAAACUAACAGAGUUCUUCUGGUAUUUGAAGCAAAGAUCCCCACAAGCCUCCAUCGUAAAUGGUGGGGAUUAAACCUGCAGUUUUUGUUGGUAUUUCUGUGCACAUUUGUCCAAGUUAUGAUAUGUGUGGUCUGGCUUUACAAUGCACCUCCUUCCAGCUACAAGAACUAUGACAUCGAUGAAAUGAUUUUUAUCACCUGCAAUGAGGGCUCUGUGAUGGCACUUGGGUUUCUUAUUGGCUACACGUGCCUCCUAGCUGCUAUAUGCUUCUUCUUUGCUUUCAAAUCACGCAAACUUCCCGAGAACUUCACAGAGGCCAAGUUCAUCACAUUCAGCAUGCUCAUUUUCUUUAUUGUUUGGAUCUCUUUUAUUCCUGCGUACUUCAGUACUUACGGAAAGUUUGUGUCAGCUGUUGAGGUCAUUGCCAUCCUGGCUUCCAGCUUUGGGAUGCUUGCCUGCAUCUUCUUUAACAAGGUCUACAUCAUCCUCUUCAAACCUUGCAGGAACACCAUUGAGGAAGUCAGAUGCAGCACUGCUGCGCAUGCUUUCAAAGUGGCUGCAAAAGCUACGCUAAAACACAACUCAGCUGCAAGGAAAAAAUCCAGCAGCAUUGGUGGAUCUUCUACCUCGUCUCCAUCCUCAUCUAUCAGCCUCAAGACCAACGGCACCAACUGCGACGCAGGAAAGCAUAAGCCCAGAGUGAGCUUUGGCAGUGGAACAGUUACUCUGUCCUUGAGUUUUGAAGAAUCAAGGAGGAGCUCUCUGAUGUGAAAGCCUGUAUAUGGAUCUGCCAUCUUCAU